CCUUUAUAAAACCUCCCAAGUAAAAUCCUCCGAUUCAAUUUUUUUUCAUCAAACACAUUCCUCUUCCUAAUCUUUGCCAAUCCUCUGUUUUCUACCCGUCGUCCAAGAACAGAGAGAUAACAAAAUUCCAUCAUUUCAUAGCAGAAGAAUUGAAGCAAAGAUGGGAAGUUUGGUGGGUCACGUGGCACCCGGGUUUCUGUUCUUCGUAAUCGGUUUAUGGCAUUUACUCAACCAUAUUCGGAUACAUUGUCUCUGCCCAAAAUCAUACACCUCUCUGCCAUGGUUUCCCACCUCCAAGUUCAAGUAUUCGGAGCUUUUCUUGAUCAUGGCGGGUUGUUUGGGUUCCAUGACCAUGGAGCUUUUCAUCGGACCCGAAAAACACCAGCCGCUCGACCCAGAUGGCACAAUCCCAUCAAGAUAUCUUCACCUUUUUGAGCACUCCAACAUUUCCCUGACUUUCUUCGUGUAUGCUCUGUUUUCUAUCGUCCUGGACAAAAUCCAGCUUCCUGCGAAAUACGGGCUAACUCUGUUUCUUCAUUCAAUUGCUUUUGGGCAAGAACUUCUUGUUUUCCAUAUCCACUCUGCUGAUCACAUGGGGGUUGAAGGGCAAUACCAUUGGCUUCUCCAAAUCGUGAUCUUUGUCUCAUUUUUCACUACCCUUUUGGGAAUUGGUUGCCCAAAGAGUUUCUUAAACAGUUUCGUAAGGUCUGUCAGCGUUUUGCUCCAAGGGGUUUGGUUUAUGGUCAUGGGAUUUAUGCUUUGGACACCAGAAUUGAUCCCUAAAGGCUGUUUCAUGAAUUUGGAAGAAGGCCAUCAAGUUGUGAGGUGUCAUAAUAAGGAAGCUCUUGAAAGGGCUAAAUCAUUGGUGAAUAUUGAAUUCAGCUGGUACUUAAUUGGGGUCACUGUUUUUGCUUUGUCACUUUAUUUGGCAAUCUUCAAAUUGUUCCCAGCUGAAGAAAAGGUUGAUUAUCAGUCGCUGCCGAGAUUCGAGGAUCGAAAAGACGACGAUGAAGAAGAUGAUGUUGAGGCUCAUGAGAGUGAUCACAGCAACAAAAUUGUUGUUGAUCAGCCCUGAAGCUUUCUUCCUAUUGGCAUUGGGAAGUCAUUUCCUGCAGACAUAAUGGAAAGGUAGAAGAGAAGAAUACUCUCCAUUAGUGUGCCUAAAUAAAUUAGAAUGUCACAUCAAUUGAUCAAUCUAGUUUCUUUAUUUGGAUGAAUCAUUCUCAUAAACAAAAUUGAAAUUUCG